AUACAAUAUGUCAUAAUCCUUAGAAGGUGAUAAAGCUUUAAAAGAAAAAUAUUUGUAGGAUUAAGUUGAAAAUGGAUUAGAUGCUGAUUAAUGUGCAUAAUUUUUACUAGAUUUAAAGCCUGAAGGAGGUGAUGAUAUAGAUAAUUGGAGCUUAAAUGAAUUGAGUAGAUUCUAUAUAAAAAUUUAGAGCAGGCAAUCGAGUAGUUUAAGGAAUCCUAAAAAAAAUUUGAAGAUUAAUAGCCAAAUCAUGAAGAUUAAUAGCCAAAUCAUGAAGAUUAAUAGCCAAAUCAUGAAGAUUAAUAGCCAAAUCAUGAAGAUUAAUAGCUAAAUCAAGAAGAUUAAAACAAUUUGUAAUAGGCACAGCUUUAAGAAUAAUCCCAAUACAAUUAAUAGAUAAAUUAAUAAUAAAAUAAUGCUUCUGUCCUUAUAAAUUGUUCUUAAAUUAUACCAAAUGAAUUAUCUGGAGACAAUGUAUCUGUUAAAAUAUUGACGUAAUAUUGUUAAAUAUAUAGAUAUAAAAAAGAGAGUGCAGGUUUCUUUUCUUCUUCAUAUAUAGCAUUUUAAAUUGAGACUUAACCUUUUGGUUGGGUUGUUUUUAGAAGAUAUUCAGAUUUUGAAUGGUUAAGAGAUUCAUUAUUAAAAAUUUAUCCAGCUUUUGUAAUUCCACCUAUUCAUAAAAAAAGAUCAAGAAAUUUUGAAGAUUCAUAUCUUAAUAAGAGAAUGAUAUUUUUAUAAAGAUUUCUUAAUAGCAUUUUUAAAUCAUAUGAAUUGAAAAGUAAUAUGAUUGUGAAAAAUUUCUUGAGUUUGACCUAAAAUAAUGAAUUUAAAAAAUUUCAAGAAGUAUAAUUUUAAUUAUUUUUAAGAGUAUUAAUAAAACUACUCCACCUUAGACAGUUUAAAGAAUGUUUUCAAAAGAAGGUCAAAUAAAUGGUGUUGCUCCAAUUGAACUUCAUCAAUAUGCAUAUUAAACUUAGGAUUAUUUCUAUGAAAUAGAUGGUGUCUAUAAAAAAAUUAGAGUCUUAAGCAAAAGUCUUAAAGAAAUUUAAUUAUAAAACUCUUUAAAGAUUUAUUGUGUUGGAGAAAUUUUUGCUUAAUUAUUCUAACAUCUUAAUAAACUAAAUUAAACGCUUCCUAUAGGAUAAGCUUAAGGAUUGGCAGCAACCUUUUUAAAUUUAAAUAAUACCAUGAUCACAUGGGGCAAUAUUAUAGGAAAAUAAAUAGAAUAAACAGAAGAGUAUCUAAAUAGUUUUUUUAAAUAUCAACAACACUAUAAUUCUACUAUUAAAUAAAUAUAUGAAACUAGAGCUGUUAUUUAAUAGGAUUUAGAGAAGUUUAAAUCUAAAUUAAAUUAUAAAAAGGAAAAAUUGUUUUAAUUUGGAGAUAUUUCUAAAUGGGACUUAAGCAAGGAUAAUAAAUUGACCUAAUAAGAAUUGUUAUCAAAUAAAAAACUUGCUUUCUAAAAUAUGUGUGAAUAAGAAACUAAACAAGAAACUCAAAUGGAAAUGCUUGUUGGGUAUUAUACAAACUAAAUAUUUUCUUAAACUUAAUAAUUUUUCAAACAGCAAUAAUAAGAACUAGUAGGACAUUUUAUAAAAUUCUGCCAAGUAUAAACUUUCAAUAUAACUGAUGUAAUUAUUAAUUUAAAUACAAGCAUCAUUAAUUAUGGGCAGAUGCAAUAACGAAUCUAUAAAAUAAUUUAUUAAUUUAAUAAAGAUAGACGUAGAAAAUAGUUGUAGAAACUAUAGCUUGA